CAUCUACAUACACACAGACACACAAUCACACUCUCCUUGAUAGGAUUUUCAGAAAACUAUUUCUCUUCUCUCUAUCGCUCAUAUCCAUAUAGAACGUAGACCUAUCCACAGAAAACAUUGUCAGCACGGCUUACUCUCUCAACAACAGCAAUAUAGCAACUAAACAAUACAAGUCUAAGAGCAGGAUAUAUAAAAAUUAUAGAAUCUCUAUCACAAUGGAAAAGAUUUUUACAAAUAUUACAUGGUUUAAACAUAGUAAGAUGCCUCUUGACUGAAACAAUUUGAAAACACCCUUUGAAGUUUCAAAUAUAUUGAGAUAUAUAUAUAUAUAAAUAUAUUUAUAUAUAUAUGUAUAUAUAUAUAUAUAUUUAAAACAGAAUAUGUUUGUACAGUUGUUUUCUUUCUGGCUUCUAUUGGAAACCUCCCUUUGUGCCGAUCUCACUUACCAAAUAGAGGAGGCUCAAAUUCUUGGAACAUAUGUUGGUGACAUUGCGCUUGACAUAAACUCACGAGGCAUUUUCGUGUCUCGAGACCUCAGCUUAAUUUCUUUUAGCCGCUUGCAGAAAAGUAAAGGCUUGCAGUUGUUUAAUGUAACCAAGACUGGCAAACUAUAUACCAAUCAAAUACUGGAUGCAGAAUCUCUGUGCAAGUACAACACUGAAUGUUUUAGAAUGGUUGAUGUUGCUAUUCAAAAGGAAGAAUCUUUUGUGAAAAUAAUUGAGGUAAAAGUAAUCAUUAAAGACAUUAAUGACAAUCGUCCUGAGUUUCAGGAAAAUCAAAUCAACAUCAAGUUUUCUGAAGACUACAGUAAGGGAGUAACAAGAACAAUUCCUAAUGCCAUUGAUAAAGAUAUGGGAUCAGAAAAUUCACAGAUUACUUAUAAAUUAAAAAAGAACAGAGAUGAGCCUUUUAGCUUGUCUUUUUCACGUAAAGAUGAUGGCACCACCCAACUUGGGAUUGUUUUAGAAAAGAAAUUAGAUAGAGAAGUAAAAGAUACUUAUAAUGUGCAAGUCAUUGCUCGUGAUGAAGGAUACCCACCCAAAGAAGGUGUUUUAAAUGUUGAAAUAUCUGUCACUGAUGAGAAUGAUAAUUCUCCUAUCUUUACACAGAGUGUUUACAAUGUUUCCAUUAGUGAAAACCACCAAAAAAGCCAGGCUGUAAUCACUGCAUCAGCAAAAGAUUUAGAUUCUGGUAAGAAUGGCAAAGUUGUGUAUCGUUUUCAUUCAAAAACAGCAAAACUAGCUAUGGAUUAUUUUGAAUUGAAUAAAGAAACUGGAGAAAUCUUUUUGAAUCGACAAUUUCCUUUUGAUAAACAACAAACCUACAAGCUUUUCAUCACAGCUAGUGAUAAUGGGAACCCACCAUUAAGUUCAACUGCAGUUGUGCUGGUUAAUAAGAUUGGCCACCAGAAUACUGCACCAGCAAUAGAAGUAAAUUUUGUUUCUGAAUCAAUGAAAAACACAGCCACAAUUUCUGAAGGAGUGAAAGUCGGUAGUUUUAUUGCCUAUGUUAAGGUUACUGAUAAUGAUGUUGGACAGAAUGGAGAGGUCACAUGUGAUCUCCAUCACAAUAAACUGUUGUUGAAGAGUUUAGGGAGAAUGAAAUAUAAAGUUGUGGUCAAAAAGUCUGUUGAUAGAGAAAAGGAAAGUUUCAUUGACUUUACUAUAAGUUGCCAAGACAAAGGAGUACCUUCACAAAAGACAGAAAGAAAAUUCUCUAUUGAAGUAAUGGACGUUAAUGAUGUGCAGCCAAAGUUUACUAAAAGCCAAUUUAAGUUUUUAACCUAUGAGAAUGAAGAACCAAACUUUCCUGUUGGAUUUAUUAAUGUUACUGACCCUGACAUGGGCCUAGGAGGUCAACUCACUUAUAUUUUAUUGAGUGACAAUGAAAAUAUUCUUCCUUUUGUGAUUUCUAAUUUUGGAUUUAUUUCUACUACUCAAUCAUUGGACAGAGAAGAAAAAGAGACUUAUGAAUUUAAAGUUUUUGUAAAAGACAAUGGCAAACCUUCUUUGAAUAAUACAGAAAAUGUGAUUGUUGAAGUAAUGGAUGAAAAUGAUAAUGCUCCUUAUUUUACCUUUCCUAGUGUUAACCCUUUUAACCUCGAUGUCCACUACCAUCCUCAAAGUAAGAGUGAGAUCACAGUUUUGAAAGCCUCAGAUAGAGACAGACAUGUGAAUGCAUUUCUCAGUUAUGAAAUAAUCGGAGGCAAUGAAAAACAGUUGUUUUCAGUAAAACCCUACACAGGUGUCCUAUCUUACUCCCGUCCAGUUUACCAGAAUGAUGCAGGGUUAUACAGUUUAACGUUUGUUGUCAAAGACAGUGGCAGUCCUAUGCGGUCAGCAACUACGACUCUGUCACUGAUGUUGACCGUCAGCAACCAGACAUCCAAAAUGUUGACCACCGUUCCCAAACAAUCAGAUGACACUAUUCAUAUAAACCUAAUGAUAGUUAUCAUUGUUGCUGCUAUUAUCUUAUCUGUGGCUAUUGUCAUUUCAUUAGCAAUAUGCAUCAUUCAGAAGUACACCCAGAGAAACAUUCUGUACAGUGAUGUAGUUGGUAACACCAACUGUCCUAGAGAGAGGAAACAAUCAGAAUAUACCUGUGAACCUAACCAUCCACAGUAUGAUGUCCCAGCAAGCAUGGUUUUAGAUCCAGGCUUAAAUAAAGAGUCUAAAACAACCCUUCUGAAAAGGGACUCACAAUAUGGAUGUAAAACGGAUUGGAAAGGGUCAACUUCUAGAAUGCCUCUCUCUGUGACACAAGGUUUAACACAGCAGGGAAGUCUCCAAGGUGUUAUUGAGAUCAGUAAAGAAGAGCAACACAUGCUUAGACCAGUGGAUCACUUCAAUGAGAUGUCAACCAUGUCUUCUCUUAGUGACAGUGGACAAGGCUGGAGUGAAGCCAGCACCACUCACUAUGAGAUAUUACCAGGUACGAAAUCUUGCCAAACAGAACUGGUCCCGAAAACAAUUAAAAAGUCCACACCACUUACCCUUAACAGACCUAAGAACUUAAGCAGUACAACGUCUGGAAAUUUGCAGAAGACAGCUAAUGUCAAUCAGAACACAACAUGCAAUGAUGUUAUUGAUCUAAAGUCUACAAGAGUAACCAGUGCCAGCCCUAGUUUAUUACCACAACCAUGGAAUCUACCAAUGCGAAAUAGUUUUACAUCUUAUGCGAAGCCUUUGCCAGCUGUACCAAAAGUUCCUUAUCAGUAACAGCAAUCCUGCAUAUAUAUGUAUAUAUAUAUAUAUAUCCAAGUCCAUGCUUUUCUCAAAGUUCCAAAGUCGUCGUAUAUAUUUCCAGGUACCAAUUGAGAUUUCUUUACAAUUCCAUUAACAACAAAACUAACAAUACACUAACAUAAUAAUAACAAUGAUAAUGAUAAUUUCUUUGAGUUUUCCCACAUGAGCAACAAAGAGACAAGUAUUUCAUUGAAAAUGCAAUUGUCAUACACUUCUCCAGAAUUCAAAAGAAUACCGUAUAAAGGAAUAAAUCUAAAAUGUGGUCUGACUGAAAUAUAUUCAUGCAUUUAUAUGCACAUGUACAUGUGCCACAGAUAAAUAAAUUAGGGCCCUAUGCUGUGACUAGCUACAACAGAUUUCUUCUCCCCUGUCUCAAAAGGCAUCAACUAAUUCUCUGCUCCAGACAAAUCCCCUUUUUAUUCCAGACAAAAUAGUCUGUUUACUCAUGGCUGUAGGAAAAAAAUACCAGAGAAUCAGAUAAUUAUUUACCCACUUGAAAUUGUUUCCAACCUCAUUUACCAUUUCAUGUAAAAAUCUGAGGGAAAGACAUAUUCUUUCUUUAUUUUAACCCUCACCUUAUAAUUUGAAAGUGAAGAAUGUUUUGUGCAGAGUAGCAGACUGAAAAAAACAAAAAAAAAAAAAA